GGGCGGGCUUGCAGUCGGCUCCAGUCUCCACUGGUGGGAGCCCUGGAGGGAGGGGGUGCCGGUUUCUUGUUUGAUCCAAAGUUGUCCACUUGGAGUGUAACGGCUACGCGGCUGAGGGGGCUUGGCUGGGGACGUGGUCGCCGGGUUCCCUUGACCCUCUCGUCUGCCCUUCGACUGCUACAAUGCGAUAUGCACCAGAGUUCAAAAAGUCCCCCUCGCAUCUCCUGAAGAAAUUUGCAGUGUGCGACAUUCCUCUGUACGACAUCUGUGACUACAACAUCACCAGGGACCGCUGCAAGGAGCUCGGCUGCUGCUUUUAUAAGGGCGUAUGCUACGAGAAAGCCGUCCCCGUCUAUGUGCAGGUGUUCUCUGUCUUGAUCGUGAUCAUCGCCGGGGCCUUCAUCAUCACUAUCAUUUACAGAGUCGUUCAAGAGAACAGGAGAGAAAAGGAAGUGCCCACGGACGUACCUCUUUCUCCUAAGUCCAGCGAGAAAGCAGAGGCAGCCCCAUCCGGCGGGCAGGUGGCCUCCCAGCCCGCGAGUAUGGAGCCACUGAGCAAGAGUGAGAGCAUCAGGGAGGGGGACGCUUCCUUGACAAUAACGGAAGAGGAAGAGACUGAGGACUGAGGGCACGACGAAGCCCAAGUGAAGAUCGGCAGAGACGCCCACCGAGCGCGCCCAGCCGCUGAGCCGCCGUGAAGUGUGUGAUGCAAAGAGCCACAAUGAGAAAACAGUAAAGGCAUUUUCAGUGCUUCCUGUCGCGUGCUGUGGUAGUCACUGCGGCCUUUCCAUCUUCGGGCAGACCCAGCCCGUGGGAGCGAGGACGCUGAGUGGAAGCUCUCGGCGGCCAGCUGUGCCGCUUGUGACCGCUGCUGGAGCCCCGCGAAGCCGCCACGCCACUUCUCGGAACACAGGCUGCACCUGCGUGGGGUGGGCAUGUCGAU